AUGAAAGGAAGUAGAGACUCAAUGGGUAAUCAAGAAGACUCAUAUGCAAAAAAGAAGGGUAGGAGUGACGCACCUAUCCCUUUCGUACAUCUUCCGGGGAAUGAAAUUGGGACCGGCUCCGCAGGCUUUGCCACCAGCAUGCAUACUCAACACAAAAACAAGAGAAACAUUGAAGAAAUGAGUGGACAGCCUGAGCCUGAUUCCGGCCGACCAGCCAAGCGCAUGGAUCAUGGUCAUGGUGAUGGUGUCAUGCCGGCCACCAGCGAUGAUCAUAUGAUGCCGGACGAAGAGGUAGAGCAUACUCCACCUAAAAAGAAGAGAUACAUCGAGGAGAUGAGUGGACAGCCUGAGCUUGAUUCCGGCCGACCAGCCAAGCGUAUGGAUUAUGGUGAUGGUGUCAUGCCGGCCACCAGCGAUGAUCAUAUGAUGCCGAACGAAGAGGUAGAGUAUACUCAACACAAAAACAAGAGAAACAUUGAAGAAAUGAGUGGACAGUCUGUGCUUGAUUCUGGCCGACCGACCAAGCGCAUGUAUCAUGGUGAUGGUGUCAUGCCGGCCACCAGCGAUGAUCAUAUGAUGCCGAACGAAGAGGUAGAGUAUACUCAACACAAAAACAAGAGAAACAUUGAAGAAAUGAGUGGACAGUCUGUGCUUGAUUCUGGCCGACCGACCAAGCGCAUGUAUCAUGGCUAUAAUGGCAUGCAGGCUAUUAGUGAUGAUUAUAUGAUGCGAGACGAAGCACAACCGAAACAAGGCUUGGAUGGGGAGAUAUCCGGGUAUGCGGAACGAGUUAGAAACUAUGAACUCCUUUUAGAGUCUAAUAUUGACGAAAAAGUUUUCAACGGAUUCCAGGAAGCCUUUAGAAGAGGUAGCACGACUUUGGCGAAAGUCAUUCAUGACUCUCCACAACGCAUUCGAUUAUGGGUUUUGGGGAUGAUGGAUACGGAAUUCAGAAGAACUAUCAUUGAUCUCAUGUCAGACAUGGAAACGAAAAUUGGAGACUAUGAUCCUGUAGGUGCUCUCCCAAAUAUCAUGACAGACUCGUUGGCCCGUGAACCCUUCGGCAAAUUGAAGACUUGUGUUAAAGCUCAUAAGCACAUUCAGGAUAGCGAGUGCAAGCACCACAAGGCAAGAGAACUUAUUACGUCCAACCAUAUGAAUAUCAUUGAUCAAAUGAACAUCACAGUGCCAACAUUCAGACGACGAAUUAGGUCAGAUAAUGGAGAGAUCAAACAUACUUUCUAUUGCCACCAGAUCUAUGACUGCCGCAACACUCUCCUUUACCCAGUCGAUAGAAUAUCUCGAAGAGUAGGAAGUGGAUGCACUAUGAUUGUCUCUUUGAGGACGCUGUUCAUCAGGCCCUUGAGCGUCUGGGAACAGAAGAUCCGCACCGAAACGAAGGAUCACCUGUCGAUGAACAAUAACCUAAAGGCUUCGCGUUCCGUUUUUCACCUCUUGAUGAGAGCUGGGUUCAGCCAACAGCCAAAGGCUCUCAUGAAGAGAUCCAAGGCGCUCUAUCAGUAG